GGCACCUUAUUAUUAUUGUUAUUAUUUUGGGGUUUAUUUCUCUCGGAGGAGUUCGCACUGUUAGUUCUAUUUUUUAAUUAUUUUUAAUUGGGUUUUUUGGUGGUUUUUUUUGAUUUAUUUUUUAUUUUUAUUUCAACAUUUCAAGACACCGGAGGAGUGUUGGAGUUAUAUCCCGGGACCGAGGCCAUGCAGGGAGUCUUGUGAAGGAAACAACCCAAAGACAAUGCAUCUGUGACCCCUGAUAGCAGCUGGGAGCCGGGGCGAUGGAAGUGACAGAGGGCUGCCAGCACACCGGUCCCGUGCUAGCUCCAAAUGGAUAUGCAAACAGGAUUUUCCAAGCAAACAUGGAGGAAGGGAACACUGACCCACUGGAGGUCUGUGGUGCUGAGCACUGCACCUCCAGAGAUGCAAUCCCAAAUGAAGAGGAGGAAGCACCCAGGUAUAAGAAGACAACCAAGGGCAACCGGAUCUGGAAUUUUGUUAGACGACGGAAAGGACUCUCUGCCAAUAAAGCAAGACCCCAGUCCAUGAUCCUGCUUGGAGUUAGUUCUGAGGGCUCAGAGGUAAAGAAGCCAUCCUUCAUGGACAGAGUAAGGCCAUUAAAAAAGGGAAGAACCUCCAGGGUGCCCAAGCACGUGGAUUUGAGAGCAUCUGGAGUCCAGGUUGCUUGUGAGCCUGAGGAGGACCAUCAUGGCAGCGGGCAGAGAGCUGUCUACAGGGUUAAAAAACUGGGUGAGAGUCGGAGGCCCUCCCGCCACUCGUAUGCGGGGUACAUUGAUGAUUUGGAUUCUUCUUUUGAAGACAUAGAGCUGAAUAUCAGCAUUCCUGAAAUUGAUGCCAGUGAAAGUAAAUGUCUCAGGGAUAUUAGUGUCAGAUUACACAGUGAAGAUAAUGACAACAACUGCCAUAAAAUACCAGUCAGGAAGAGUGAGUCUUUAAGUUUUGAAAACUUUAAGAGUCCUGCAAUUACAGAAGGGGACAAUCAAAAGAGGUGUGCUGUGCUCCCACAGGAGAGCAGAAGAGGAAAAAGCUCUGAUGUCUGGAGCUAUCUGAAAGGAAUUUCAUUAACUGGCAAAGAUAAUUCAAAGCUUCCAGAUCAAAGGCCUGAAACCAAUUUCCAGAACUUGGAAAAUACAAACGAUCAUUCUGCUUCUUCUUUUGACUUUGAUACGAGGUGUGAGGAGAAUCUCAGCCAGCGGAAAAAAACAAAUGGUGCAACCAGAGCCACUCAUUUUGGGGGUGUUGUGAGGUUCUUCACCAGUGUGGCUGAGGCAGCUCGGAGGCUGCGAGGCUCCUCAAGGGGAUUUUCACCUGAUGAGAAAAGGCCUCAGCGGAGUUUCCGAGGCUGGAGGCAGGAUGUGACCUCCCACAAAGAGGAGAGCUUGGUAAUCGAGAAUGAGAGUGCAGGGGCCUUCUGCACAGUGGGAGCAUGUCUGCAGUCCCCAGAUUCAGGCACGUGGGACAAUCUGAGCUUUGAGAGUUUGGUGGGGAAGGAGCCCACGCAGCAUUGCAAAACCACAGAAGAGUCACAAGACAUUGGCUCCUCUGCCCUGGGCAGCGAGAACGAUAGGUUUAAUGAGACAUCUCUUUCUCCCUCUGGGCCAGAGGCAUCCGUCUCCCACCCACCAGAGUUUGCAGAUGACUCUUUCGUGGAUCUAAAUACUAAAGACCCCUCUGAGGAUCUGAUUGACUUUCAACAGACGACUCAGACUGAACAAAUUCAGGAUUCAGACAGUACUCCAGAGAAGACACAGGUCAUGGGAAGGGACAUGCCAUGUUCUGAAGACCUUCCUGUGAAUAAUCUGGAUACUGCAGACCCAAGCUGUUCUCCAGCUGCAGAUGGUGACUGCUCUGCAGUGACUGAGGCUCUGAUCCACCCUCCAAAGACAUUUCUGACUGAACUUGAUACUGAAGAUGUGGCUUCUGCCCCAGUGGCUGCUGAAGACAUGGAUCCUCCUCCAGCAGGGGUUACGGAGCUUUUAAAUACAGAACUGGAUAUACAAGGCUUGAGAAACUCUGAGGUGCCUUUGCAAGACUUAUCUAGAGGUGAGCUGGGGAUUCAAGGUGCUGGCAGUGCUCCAGAGAAGACACAGGUUGUGGGCAGAGACCUGCCACAUUCUCAAGAUCUUCCUGUGAAUAACCUGGAUGCUGAGGGCCUGGACUGUUCUCCAGCUGCAGAUGGUGAUUAUUCUGCAGUGUCUGAGGCUCGGAUCCACUUUCCACAGAUGCCCCUGACUGAACUUGAUACUGAGGACGUGGCUUGUGCUCCAGUGACUGCUGAAGAUGUGGAUCCAUCUUCUGCAGUGGCUCAGGAGUUUUCAGAGGCAGAACUGGAUAUACACAGCUUGAGAAAUCCUCAGCUGCCUUUGCAAGACUUGUCCAGAGGUGAGCUGGGGAUUCAGGACUUGGGCAGCACUCCAGAAAAGACACAGAUCUUGAGCACAGACCUGCCAUGUUCUGAAGAUCUUGCUGUCAGUGAUCUGGAUCCUGUGGACUCGAGCUGUUCUCCAGCUGCAGGUGGUGACUGCUCUGCAGUGACUGAGCCUCUGACCCACCUCCCACAGACAACCCUGGCUGAAGAGAUUCAAGACCCUGACAGUACCCUGGAGCAAGAGCAGGUCACGGGCAGGGACCUACCACGUUCUCAAGAUCUUCCCAUGAACAUUCUGGAUGCUGAGCACCUGGGCUGUUCUCCAGUCUCUGACAUUAACUUUUCUGUAGUGACUUUUGUCAAAUGUGCAACAGUUCCAGGGCAGGUCUUGGGGCGGGCUGCCUGCUGCAGCAAAAAGCGGGGAAUGGCUUCGUUUGUGGAGCAGAACUCGGUGGAGAUAACAGAGGGGUUGGAUCGGUUGAACUGCCACGAGGAGUGUCGGCCCUUCCAGCCACGUGUCUCUCGCAUCCUCUCCUCUGGAAGGCUCAAAAACGGAAAGCCGAUGUCUCAUCCCUCCCAACCAUCCCCACAAGCACCACCCUUCAAAGUCCUGGUGGAGAGAUGUCGCUCAGAACCCCUCUCCCAGAGCACCCCCAUGGGGCUGGACCAGCUGGGAGGCCGCAUGCAGCACUUGCUCAGAAGACGUGCUGAGAACGAGGAGGCUUCAAAGACCCUGAAGGUGCGCGGGACCUGCCGGAACGGUGGACGUCGAUGGAACCUCUUCAAGCCUGGAGCUGAGAAGCUGCAAAUCAGUCGGCUGAUCAGUGGUGGUUCCAUUGUCAGUGCUGAGGCAGUAUGGGAUCACGUCACCAUGGCCAACCGGGAGUUGGCGUUUAAAGCAGGAGACGUCAUCAAGGUCCUGGAUGCUUCCAACAAGGACUGGUGGUGGGGUCAGAUUGAUGAUGAAGAAGGAUGGUUUCCCGCCAGCUUCGUGAGGCUAUGGGUAAACCAAGAGGAUGGUGUGGAGGAGGGAACCAGCGAUGUGCAGAAUGGCCACUUGGAUCCGAGCACAGACUGCCUCUGCCUGGGCAGAACCGUUCAGAACCGAGACCAGAUGAGAGCCAACGUCAUCAAUGAGAUCAUGAGCACGGAGCGCCACUACAUCAAGCACCUCAAGGACAUCUGUGAGGGUUACUUAAAGCAGUGCAGGAAGAGGAGGGACAUGUUCAGUGAUGAACAGCUGAAGAUCAUCUUUGGUAACAUUGAAGAUAUCUACAGAUUUCAGAUGGGUUUUGUCCGGGACUUGGAGAAACAGUACAACAACGAGGACCCCCAUCUCAGUGAAAUUGGACCAUGUUUCCUGGAACAUCAAGAUGGCUUCUGGAUCUACUCGGAGUACUGUAACAAUCAUCUGGAUGCAUGCAUGGAGCUCUCCAAGCUGAUGAAGGACAGCAGGUACCAGCAUUUCUUCGAGGCGUGCCGGCUGCUGCAGCAGAUGAUCGACAUCGCCAUCGAUGGCUUCCUCCUGACACCGGUGCAGAAGAUCUGCAAAUACCCCCUGCAGCUGGCAGAGCUGCUCAAGUACACAGCACAGGAGCACAGUGACUACAGGUAUGUGGCUGCUGCCCUGGCUGUCAUGAGGAACGUGACCCUGCAGAUCAACGAGCGGAAGCGGCGGCUGGAGAACAUCGACAAGAUCGCGCAGUGGCAGGCGUCUGUGCUGGACUGGGAGGGAGAUGAUAUCUUGGACCGCAGCUCCGAGCUGAUCUACACAGGAGAGAUGUCCUGGAUUUACCAGCCUUAUGGACGGAACCAGCAGCGUGUUUUCUUUCUCUUUGAUCACCAGAUGGUUCUUUGCAAGAAGGAUCUGAUCCGAAGAGAUAUCCUGUAUUAUAAAGGUCGCAUAGACAUGGAUAAAUAUGAAGUGGUGGAUAUAGAAGAUGGGAGGGAUGAUGACUUCAAUGUCAGCAUGAAGAAUGCCUUCAAACUUCAUAACAAGGAGACUGAGGAAAUACACUUAUUCUUUGCCAAGAAACUGGAGGAGAAGUUACGGUGGCUUAGAGCUUUCAGAGAAGAGAGGAAGAUGGUAAAAGAAGAUGAAAAGAUAGGCUUUGAAAUUUCUGAAAAUCAAAAGCGGCAAGCGGCCAUGACAGUAAAGAAAGUCAGUAAGCAAAAAGGUGUGAGCUACUCCAAGUCGGUUCCUCCAGCCUACCCACCACCCCAGGAUCCAUUAAAUCAGGGACAAUACAUGGUGACAGAUGGCAUAUCCCAGUCCCAGGUCUUCGAGUUCACCGAACCCAGACGCAGCCAGGCACCAUUCUGGCAAAACUUCAGCAGGUUAACACCAUUCAAAAAAUAAUACCUAGAGAGAUGGAGAAUUUUAACUUAAAAGAACUAAAAUUUAAAAAUAAAAAUAAAUAAAAUUAUAUUUAUAGAUGGACCUUUUUUCGGAGAAGCACUGUUGCAACUAAAUAUAUAUACCUAUAUAUAUAUAUACACACAUUAAAAAAUAAUAAUAUAUAUACAUAUAUGUAUAUAUAUAGAAGGACCAAAAACUUUUUUUGUUGUUUUUGGGAAGCAAUCUGCUACUAGACAGUAGGAAGCACCAAUGAUUUCUAACCAUGUUACCUAUUUUAUUUUAUUCCAUUGGUUGGACAUCUUUUUUUUUUCCUUUUUUUUUUUUUUUUCCCUUCUUCAUUUUCAUUCAAGUCGUCAUUGGCAUCCCAGAAUGCUUUCUCGCUUGUGUGAAUUCGUCAUGGAAGUUCCUCAUGGACAACAUUGGUGUAUAUUUUAUUUGAUUUUAUUUAUGGGGGGGUUGUUUGUUUUUUGGAGUGCUGGGAGAUCUCUGCUCCCUCUCCCUCCCUCUCCGUCCCUUCCUUGGCUGUCCCUGGAGUUUCCAUUUCAGUGAAGAGCAUCGACCCUCUCCCCGUCCUGCAUUCUCUGGUCUGACUCGUGCCUGUCUGGAUGUGCUCCUUUGUGCAUCAUGCUCUGCUGCUCAGUAUUUCUCUGGCUUUAACUGUUUUGUUGUGGGCAGGUGAAGACAAGCAGAGGGGGAUCAGCUAUUUAGGAAGUGAGAGAUGGGUUUUCCUCAGUUAAGUUUUUGCAAUUUUUUUUUCUUCAUUUUUUCCAAAGCACUGUCUUUUUCUCAAUUCAGUGUGAUUCCUUCACACUUGGAGUUAAGGCUGAGAAAAGAAUAUCAGAGGCUUUUUAAUUUCUUUUCUUUUGCAUUUGGUUUCGUUUCAGUGGGGUUAUCUUUGAUUUGUUUUCUUUUUAAGCUGGGACAUGACUCUGAAAAGCCCACUCCUAUCUUUGCUUCCCCACGCAAAGAUAAAAGCUUAAAAACUGAUGGCUUCAUGCCCUCCAUUCCAGCUAGAGGAAAACUGGCUAUUAGGCUCCAACAAAUGGCCACUUUUCUUCCUUCAGGAACUAAGGUCCCAUCCUGUUGGCCACACUCCUGCCUGCACAGAACCACAUUAAUGACCCAGUAAUUGCCACUGAGAGGAGCAGUGAGCCCCCCAGUGAGGACCAUGCCUGCACUCACUGCCUGCUCCACUCUGUUGGGUGUCAGACCCCUGGCUUCACUUGGGCACUGAUUUCCCACCCACUCCCUCAGCUGCUGGUAGUGACCCCUUAGGAAAGGUCAUUGCCUAAAUAAUGGGAAGGAUUUACCUGAUAUUUAAUGCACCCAAGCUGCAGAGGAGUUGAGGAGUUGCCUUUUAGGAAAGCUAUAGAUGUGACCUGGGAAGUUGAGCUGGAUGGUUGUGAUUAGGUGACCAAAAUCAGUGCUGGGUUCAAUCUGAAGGGUGUCCAAGGGUCAACAGAAGUGUAUCAGUGCAAGCAGGCUCUGGAGUGAGUAGCCAAAUUCUCCAGGUCUCUUUCUCUCUCUUUUUCUCCCUCUGGAGAUUCAUAGCUCUGUUUUCAAAGAAAGUUCCUACCAUUUCAGCCUAAGUACAUUCACUUGCAAGUGCAAAAGCUUAUGUUUAAGCUUGUAAAACAAAUCGUUGUGCACCAGAAUGAUUUUUUUUCCUAGGGCAAAUGAGACUCUUUAAGCAGAUUUAGAAGAUGAACUUUGCAAAGCUGUUCUGCAAGCUCCUUUGAAAAUGGGGGAUGAAGUGAUUGAUCACGGUAUUUAUAAUUUUCUUUUGAAUCUGAUACAGCACAUUAGCCCUCCAGGCCAACUAGCAUGGAGAUACUUUUUUUUUGUUUUUUUUCCUCCCCUAAGAAGUGUAAGCGAAUGGGAAGAGCAGAGAGUAUGAUUACAGUAUUUCCAUGAAGCCUGUUCUAUUUCAGGACAUUUUACAAGGUAGUGGCUAUGUUUUUUUUUUAAGUACAAAGAAGAAUCUCAACACUUUUUAGCAAUCUAGAAACUAUCAAUAAUGAGCAAAACCAGGUUAGUGUUUUGGAGAGGAAGAGUGGCCCCUCUGUGACAGGCAGCAGUGAAACACCAGGAAUCCCAAACAGGAGGCAACCCAAUUUUAUAUUAUCUUAUUUUUAUGCUCUUUUAUCUUUGCAUUUUUAUAGUCAGAUUCGAGUACUGGAUAUGUAGCAAAUACUGUUUUGUUUCUUUAAGAGAAUGGGUAUUUAAAGAAGUGACUAAGAUGGGUUCUCAGAGGUUAACAGAAAUGUUUUACUAUUUCGGAAUGGCUGGAGAGAUGCAGAGAGAGAGAAAGAGAGAGAGAGAUUACAGACUGUUGUCAACAUGAUGAAAAUUUCACUUAUUCCUUUGCCUUUUUAAUUGCUUAGGGAAAAAAAAAAAGUACCAAGGACAUUAGUUAAGCCUGUUCAUUUACUGUUUUGUGCCUCAGAGAGUGAGAAUGAGACAUCCAUAAUUUUUAUGAGAAGAUGCUUCCUAAAUAUUCAGCACUAGGAAAAAAGAAACACCACCGCCACACCAUUAUUUGCAUCAUAAAUCAAGACUCGGUUGAUCUGACAAGGCCACUUGUUGGACUCACAGCUUCUUUCUUAAAAGGAAAGCCAAACCCAACUAGUGUUGCUCGUGCUUGCCGGAGCCAGGCGGCAGGCAGAGCAGAUGCAGGCGUUUGUUCCAGAGGGAAGAAGGGCUUGGCCCUCAGGCAUGGCAUUGGAGAAAGCUCUUCCCCUCCAUAAAUUGCCAAGGUGCUGCAAGAGAUGGAGCAUUAUCACAAAGAAGAACCAGCACUGGGUCCCACUUUUGCUGCCUACCGUGGCUUUCCCAAUAGGGAGCAGGGUUGGGCUGCCUCGUGUGUCCGGAAGCGCUGGAAGCAGCGCAGAUGGGGUCAGAUUGGGGUGAUUUUGACUGAGCAUCUGAUACAGACUUUCAUUUCAAUGCCAGACAGGAGGAACCCACUUUACCAUUCCAUAUGCAGAAACAAGAGAGUUGUAACAAUACAUGUUUACGGUAUUUCUCUGGCUGAAUCUAUAUAUAUAUAUAUAAAACUACAAAUGCCCUCUCCCCUAGGUAAAUGACAUGCAUUUCCCCCCUGACCUAGCCACUAGGAUCUAAAUUCAAGACUUUCGCCUCCCCACCCUCUCCAAAAAGAUCAAACAAGAACCAACCUAGGUGCAUCUAACAGUUGUAAAUAGAAAAAAUACUACAUAGAGAAAUAUAUUUGAAAUUUGUUUCAGUUUCUGGAUGGUCACUGGCCAUCCUUUGCAAUGUUAUUGAUAGUACACUGUGGUGCUUUGGGUUUCUGGUUUUGUUCUCUUUAUGCUCUGUCAUCUUUUCAUUGCAGCUACAUUUCAGGGAACAUGUAUAUUUAGUAGCUAUUGUAAGUUCUGCAUGGCAUCACCAAGCUUAUUUUUCCUUAAGAAGAAAAGAAGAGUCUGUAGGAGUUUAAAGGCACUAUGACGACAGGGACUUGUAGCAGAGAAUUUAAAAAAAAAAAAAAAAAGGUUUUUAAAAUUCUAGUUUGAAGCCAAAUACUGAUAUUUUAGUGCUUUUGGGGUUUUAACAGUAAGAGAAAAAAAAAAAAGAAAAAAAAAAGGAUUUUGGUAACCCAGCUGAUCCGCACUUGCCAGUUUUAUUAUUUUGUUUAUAUUGGACUGUUUGACCCUGUCAAACAAGUGUCAAAGUUGUGUGUAUAAAACAAAAAAAGUGUUUAAAAAAGUGUUGUAAAGACACUGAGCCUUAUGAAAAUAUUUAUGGAAUUAAAUAAAAAGAAGUGAAAAGGCA